AGUGAAGGGAAAACACAAGACAGAAUUUAUAAAUAUAGGUUUGGCUGGAUUGCUGAUUCUAGUGAAUUGAAACUCUUCAGUGCAAGCAGAUCAUCCCUCAAUCAAAAAUGAAAUUGAACGUUAUAGUGUUAUUCGCUCUAGUCUUUUUAAUAGCAUUAACUUCAGCUCGACCAGCAGAAGAAGAAUAUGCAGAAUACGAAGAUGAACCAGCGCCUCCACCAAAAAAAACUCCAGCACGUAGUUCCCUAAUCGGAAGACGGAAUCCCUUAGCUGCCAGAAACGCCAAAACUACUUCAACAACAACAGCAACACCACCAGCGGAGGAGGAGGAAGAAGAAGUCGUCGAUGAAGCUGAAGGAGAAGAAAAGCAAGAACAGACGAGUUCCACCACAGAAGCGCCGAAAAAAUUCCUGAAAGGGGGAAUUGUGCGACCUUUCAGGAGCAACGACGAAUUAUUAGCAACCUUGAAACGUAGGAGGGAACAAGCAGCUAGCAACAAACAUUCCAAAGUAAAUCACGCGAGUGAAGCGGAGGAAUCGGCUCCAGCCCCAGUACACAACGAGCCAGUUUCCAAGCCCUCGAGGGCUUCUGCAGGAAGAAGGAGAUUCAACAGUGCGAAGAACAAUGAGCCAACUGCCGAAGAACAGCCUUCUUCGACCGCCGCUCCGGCCAGGACGGGCAGAAGAUUUAGUUCCAGAAGCUAAUUACAAAGAUAUUGUAUAAUUAAGACAUAUAAAUUGUAAACUGUACAAUAAUAAACGUUUAGGAAUGCGAUAGUUAUGUGACGUUCAAAUAUUUGUAAGGAAUAGAAAAUAGUUUUCGUAUAAAGAAAUUGUAAAUAAAUCUGACAAAUAUACCGAUAUUCACACAA